GUGCAAGGCUUCUAAUAACAUCCAAGCAACAUGAGCGCCCCUUCACCGGCCAGCCUGCGCCACGAUGCAGCCUCGCGGGCAGCGUCUACAUCCACCACUGCACCACCUCCAUGAUCCGUCCUCCGACGUCUGUUUCCACACUGUCGACCCUCGAAUUCCUCGCACCGACAUGUCGAACGAGCUGCAGAAGCCGCGCUUCUGAUGAGAUCGCGCCUCAGCCAUGGCCUUCUUCCGCCUUUUGCAGCGCACACCGGACGGCGACAUCGUCUUUCGCGAACCUACCAGCGGCCGUGUCCCUGCCUACGCAAUACUCUCUCAUACAUGGGGGAAAGAUGAGGUCAUCUUACAGGACAUGGAAGCCAACGCGGGCAUGGACAAGGCUGUGAGCAAAGCUGGGUGGAGGAAGAUACAGUUCUGCGCGGACCAGGCCGCAGCUGAUGGACUGCACUACUUUUGGAUAGACACAUGCUGCAUCGACAAGAGGAACGCGGUCGAGCUCGGCGCGGCGAUCAACUCCAUGUUUCGGUGGUACCAGAACGCUUCGCGCUGCUACGUGUACCUUUCGGAUGUAUCUAAAUCGGAGGGAGCGGGUGGCGAGAAGGCAUGGAAAGAGGCUUUCAGGACAAGUCGAUGGUUUACACGCGGUUGGACGCUUCAAGAACUCAUCGCACCAAGGCUGGUAGAAUUCUUCAGCUCAGAGGGUGAGCGACUUGGCCACAAACUGGUGCUUGAGCCUGAGAUACACGAGAUCACGGGCAUCCCGGAGAAAGCUCUCCGAGGCGAUGCGCUGUCGAAUUUUAGCAUCGAAGAACGGAGAUCCUGGGCCGAGCGCCGCAAUACUACGAUUGAAGAGGACGGGGCGUACUGUUUGAUUGGAAUCUGCGGCGUCUCUAUGGUGCUAAAUUAUGGGGAGGGGAGAAACCAUGCAUUUAGUCGGCUGGAGAAGGAAAUCCAUAGCAUGUAUAAGGGUGUCGACUUUGAACAAUUUGCCGUCCAACUCAACCUUGCGUCGCUUCCUGAAGCUGCACGAUUUGUUGCUAGGGAGGAGGAGCUGGCGAAGAUGCAUGACCUGCUUGAUGGUCAUGGUCAUAGUAGCCGAUCAGCAGUCGUCCUUCACGGACUUGGAGGGAUUGGAAAGACUCAGCUGGCAAUUGAAUACAUCAGACGGCACAAGGAAAAACAUACAGCGAUAUUCUGGUUGAAUGCGAACGAUGAAGACUCUCUCCGGCUCAGCUUUCGCAACAUCGCUCAGCAAGUCCUAAAGUAUCACCCCUCGACUGGAAUGCUCAGCGAUUUAGACUUGGAAGGGGACCCCGACCGAGUGGUCGAUGCAGUCAAAACGUGGCUCGAUCUUCGGAAUAAUACGCGCUGGCUGAUGGUCUUCGAUAAUUACGACAACCCCCGAACCCCUGGUAGUUCCGACCGCUCGACAGUAGAUAUACGUCGAUACCUGCCAGAAAGUGACCACGGCUCGAUCAUCAUCACAACGCGUUCAGCGAGAGUUAGCCAAGGCCAGCAUCUCCACGUCCAGAAGUUGACAGGCCUAGAGGACGGGCUCAAGAUCUUGGCGAACAUGUCCAGAAGGGAAGGCAUUGAAAAAGAUCCUGAUGCGAGAGCGCUCGUCUCGCAGCUCGAUGGCCUACCUCUUGCUCUCUCCACAGCCGGGGCUUAUCUAGAGCACGUGACCACCGGCUUCGCGGAGUAUGUUCGGCUAUACGAGGCAUCCUGGUUGAAGCUUCAGAGGACAAGUCCAACAUUAAAUUCAUACGAAGACCGAUCACUGUACACGACAUGGCAGGUCACUUUCGAUCGGAUUCGAGAACAAAAUGCGGCAUCGGCCCAGUUGCUCAAGCUGUGGGCCUAUUUCGACAAGCAAGACAUGUGGUUUGGACUUCUUCGACAUGCAUGCUAUACGGACGAUGAGUGGAUACAGAAGCUUACCGAGGACGAACUGAGUUUUAACGAGGCAGUUCGUUUGCUAUGCGAGUACGGUCUAGCUCACCCAGAGCCUUCACUUGGACAGCGGUUUGGGUCGGAAGGGUAUGGAGUGCAUAGCUGUGUGCACUCAUGGGCGAUCUCUGUCUUGAAUAGCGAAUGGGACAAUGGCCUAGCACGGCUAGCUCUGACUUGUGUGGCAUCUGAAGUUCCUAGCACGGAUGUAGACAAGUGGUGGCUCCUUCAGCAGCGGCUUCUUCAACAUGUUGCAAGACAUGAGCAGUUCACCAUGAAUGGCAACGUCGAUGUUGAGGGAAUGGAAUGGGCAUUGCACAGUCUGGGUGACCUCUAUACCGACCAAGGCAGGCUGGCGGAGGCGGAGGCCAUGCUGGCGGAGGCGGAGGCCAUGUACAAUCGGGCGCUGCAAGGCUAUGAGGAGGCUCUUAGGCCCGAGCUUCUGUCGUCGUAUUUGCCAGCAUUGAACACAAUGUUCUCUUUCGGUGACCUUUACGUGCGGACAGGUCGUGAAGACAUAGCGAAGAUAAUGUAUAGUCGGGCAUUGGCUGGAUACACAGCUGUCCAAGGGCCUUCUUCAGAAUGGUGUAAACAGCUUGAAGAUCGACUUCAAGCGUUACAAGUUGCAUCUAUUGAGCCGAAUGAAGACCAAGCUGAGUCUAUAGAGAUGGAAGCGCCGAAGUCGAGGUCUCUAAAGCGCGUAUUCCGCAAGCUGGGAAGGCGGUUGGGCGCAGGAUAG